AUGACAAAAUUUUCGCUACCGGGCCUUCCGGGCCGGGCCCGGGCCUUGAAAUUUCCCUCAGGCCCGGGCUUUGACGGGCCGGCCCGGAAUUUUACAAGUAUGAUAUUAACGUUUUAA